CAGUCAAGAACAAAAUGAACUUUAUACAGCCAGAAGAGCCAGUUAAGAACGGCAGGUACUUUUCCAACUACCUGAGUGGAAGAGAACAUUAAAACAGUACAUUCCAUCAUACCUGACACAUAUUGGCUUUGGUCUGUUCUAAACUUACACAUCUUUUCCCAACACUGGAACAUAUAUACAAUGUCCUUAUUCCCUAAAACUCCACUGGGCCCAUUAAAGACACUAACAGAGACUGAGCUGAGAAUAAAGGAAAUCAUGGAGAAACUAGACCAGCUGAUCCCUCCCAGACCUUUCACCCACGUGAACACCACCACCAGUGCCACCCACAGCACAGCCACCAUCCUCAACCCUAGAGACUCAUACUGCAGGGGGGAUCAGCUGGACAUCCUGCUGGAGGCGAGGGACCACUUAGGACGCAGGAAGGAAUAUGGUGGGGAUUUCCUGAGGGCCAGGAUGUCCUCCCCAGCCCUGCAGGCAGGUGCUGCAGGAAAGGUGACUGACUUCAACAAUGGGACCUACCUUGUCAGCUUCACUCUGUUCUGGGAGGGCCAGGUCUCCCUGUCUCUCCUGCUCAUGCACCCCAGUGAGGGGGCAUCGGCUCUCUGGAGGGCAAGGAACCAAGGCUAUGAUAGAACUAUUUUCAAAGGUAAAUUUGUUAACGGCACCACCCACGUCUUCACUGAAUGUGGCCUGACCCUAAACUCAAGUGCUGAACUAUGUGAAUACCUGGAUGACAGAGACCAUGAAGCCUUCUACUGCGUGAAGCCUCAACACAUGCCCUGUGAGGCACUGACCCACAUGACCUCCAAGAAUCGAGAAAUUUCUUAUCUUACUGCCAAGGAAAAAAGCCUUUUCAACAGGUCUAAAGUAGGAGCUGAAAUGAUGAAAGACUUGAAACACAUUGAUGUCUCCCGAUGUAACAACCGUGAAAUGAUAAAAGAGAAAUGCCAAGUUGGGAUGAAGAUUCCUGUCCCUGGUGGUUAUACUUUGCAAAAAAGGUGGAUAACAACAUUUUGCAAACAGAUUCCGUUAGAUACAAUUAUGAAAAAUGGCUGUUUGAAAGGAAAACUCAUUUAUCUCUUUGGAGACUCUACGCUACGCCAAUGGAUCUACUACUUACCCAAAGUCAUAAAAACACUAAAAUUUUUUGAUCUUCAUGAAACUGGAAAUUUUAAGAAACAUUUACUUCUGGAUGCAGAAAGACACACCCUGAUUCAAUGGAAAAAACAUAGCCUUCCUUUUGUCACUCUUCAGCUCUACUCUGUGAUAGAUCAUGAUUAUAUUCCUCGGGAAAUUGACCGGCUAUUGGGAGACAAAAACACAAUCGUCGUCAUCAGUUUUGGCCAGCACUUCAGAUCCUUCCCCAUGGACAUUUUUAUUCGCAGGACUAUCAAUGUUCGAAAGGCUAUUGAACGACUGUUCCUAAGAAGCCCAGCCACUAAAGUGAUCAUUAAGACAGAAAACAUGAGGGAGAUGCAUAUAGAGGCAGAAAGAUUUGGUGACUUCCAUGGCUACAUUCAGUAUCUUACCAUGAAGGACAUUUUCAAAGAUCUCAACGUGGGCAUCAUUGAUGCCUGGGACAUGUCCAUUGCUUAUGGCACCAAUACUGUCCAUCCACCUGAUCAUGUGAUUGGAAAUCAGAUUGAUAUGUUCUUAAACUACAUUUGCUAAAGCAUAAAUAUACAGAGUCACUAGGAAACAAUCUCUGCAAACAAUCCCACAUGUAUUAUCAAAGAAGUUUAUUCAUUUUAGGGACAAAGACAUUCAUAUUUAAAAGAAUCUAUCUUGGCAGGAAGGAUGCUUAAGGACAAUGACAUCUGUUAUGUAAUACAAAGCCAAGAGAAUCAGACAUGAAUAAUGAUCAUGCCAUGCCUAGAGCUUGUCUAUAUAUGACAAUAAAUAGUCUUAUUCUUUAGGCAAAUUUGGGUCAUUAUUUCUGCUAACUUGUGGCUGGAAGCAUCAUUCUUAAUACUUUGGUAGGGUAAAAGAGAAUAAAUAUAUGAUUGUCAUGAUGUUUUAAAACAAGGGUCACCUCACUUUGUCUGUAAAAGGCUAGAUAGUAAAUAUUUUAGGCUUUGCAAGCCAUAUGGUCUCUGUCACAGUUGUUCAACUCUGCCACUGUAGUGCACAAAAAGCCAUAGAUAACAUGUAAACAAAUGUGUGUGGUCACAUUUCAAUAAAACUUUAUUUAUCAACAUG